ACACUAUGCAGGUCAUAGGCAGGUCGCUCACGACCGCGAGGCAGAAGCUCACGCCAAUGCGCGUAAGCCUGGGAGAAAACAACCCCCAAAUGAAAAAGAAGACAAGCCACCGAGGACAGGAGAGACCGGCUGCCUAGGAAACGGACCGAUCUCGCCGUUCCCAGCACCAACGGUUCCUACUCUACGGUAGGUACUUGCUUGUGGCAUGCGCUUGAGGCAUAGUAUAUAUAGCCUUAUAGCCAGGCCGAAGUCCAUCGCGAUGGGGGACCGUUCACGCCCACGACGGAGAUAAGCCCACCCUUCAACCACGUCGAAACCCCUGAGAGAGCAAUAUCAUGAGUAGUUCUGAACCUUUAUAUAUCCCACUCGUCCUCGUGGCCACACCACAUCGGAUAUCUACAUUAACAUAGCAAGAUGCCGCCUCGGUCUAAGGCUCGGCACAUCACCCUGGACGGUGCUCGAGUUGCUAUUGAAAGCAAUUCCAGCACCAGCCGUUCUUCUGGUUUAGAUGACCUGAUCCAUAUAUUCAAGGAACAGGGGAAAGUACCGAAUUUGUCUGCGCUCGACGACAAGAACUACCACGUAAUAUUCGAGUCGCUGUUCCGGUGUGUGGUCUCUGAGAAGAAGGCUUACUACGGAAGUAAGACUACUGCUGCCAGCAGACUCACCAAGUGCGCCGAGGCGCUCCGUCUGGGCGUCGAACUGAGCGCCCAUGCGAUCAAGAAGAAGACGGUCCUUGCCAUCGUCGACCACAUUACCCAGACCUUGCCACAUCCCGAGGACGAUCUAGUCCCGCCGCUUGUUCAGGAUUACAUUAAAGCGCUGUCUGCUCUACUGAACCCUCCCGCCAAUGUGGAACUCCUCGCUACGAACGAGGGCCAGGGCUGGUUCACAUGCGUUGAUUUCGCCGUUAACGCCUUGGCCCUGUACCUAGCCGCUACCGACAGAGAUCCGAGCCUAUCACGAGCAUCGCCGGCGCCCGGGACGGCGCAGUCGUCGUCUUUAACCCGCUCCGCCCCUAGAUCCACAACCACAUCUCAGCGCUCCGCCCGGGUUUCGCGUAGCCACCUACCGGACCUUUUGCAAUGUCUCCUCCACCUCGCCUCUACUCCCACGGCGCCCCUCUUGGAGCGCUCGAGGGAGAUGUCCUCCGUGGUCAUCCAAAUCCUUCAACUCCGCUCUCUAGGAAUAAGCCAGCUGCAUCAGCUGGCAUUCGCUUUGAUCAACAAGCUGUUUGUAGCCGCGCAAACAGACGAUUCUAGCCACGCCAGCUCUUUGGCUCUGGACACACUCCCGUUGGUGGGCCAGUGGUGGCAGACGAAGACCACGUCUGCGCACGAUGCACUUUUGAAUGGCGUUCGAAUCGAGAUGCUAAAGCUUCUCUUCAACCUCUAUCUGCAGCUUGAGUUCUUGGUCAAGCGGGGCGAUAAACCUUCACUCCUCGGCGACAUAGAGAACCUCGCAGAAUUAUUCUGGGGCGAAUAUUCGAGGCGAGAAGAACGCUCCCAGCUUCAACAGGACGACUUGUCCUAUUCCGUCGCAGUGCGUGGUGGCGCGAUUUUUCAAGUCCAGUCGUUUUCUUUGCGGCCAUUCAAUGUCGAGGGGGAGAAACAGUGGGCGGUGGUGCACAUCCUAGCCCUUCUCGAGUGUUUGAUAUGGAAAUGCUCUCGGGCAUCGCACACACUCUCUGCUAACGACGAGCAGCCGCGCAAGAAGCAACGGACGGCGAUGGGUUUCAGCCGGCUUCGCCAGAAGCUACGCUCUCCUGAUCAUUCCAUACAAUAUACAGCUUUGCAAAUUGUGCCCUUUUUCGUCUCCAAUCUCAAAGUCGAUAUCGAUGAGAUGUCGGAACUCGUGUCCUUCUUAGCAAGCCAAGUUACGAGUAAAAACAGCAAGGUCUCUACGUGGGCUAUGAUCGCGUGUACAAGUCUGACACCCCAGGCCAGUGCCGCCGACGGCACUCUGACCACGCUCUGGAAGCAAGUAUGGCAGAUCGCUGUUCGAUCUGUUAGCAUGACUGCAAAUUGCCGUGCUUCGAGCAUCCUGCUACAUUCGAUCAUCACUCAUGAACUAGUGUCAUAUCGCGACAUCGCCGACGAUAUUAAUAGUAUAAUUACAACUGCCGACGUGAACGGUCCAGCUGUUGUAGUAGACUCUUCUCUCACGCUCAUGACAACGCUUCUUAACCUUCGAAACGUCCAGCUUCCGAGCGCCAGUUACGCGACUUGUAAUAGCGUAGUCCGCUGGAUGUUUUUCAGAUGGGAUCCUGCCGAUACCAUUUUCAUAUCAUCAUAUUCUAGCCACGUCAUACCGUUAGAUGUUGCUAACCUAAUGCAGUCCGCUUGUGGUGACCAGAAUUUGGUGCUCUCUCGGCCCUCUCAGACGAUCUCUGGAGCAAUCGGGGAGACGCUGAGCCUGCUCCGAGAUCGCGAGAGCCUCACCAGGUAUCUACUGCUGUUGGACCCUGCUACGCCUGGAUCCCCCGAAGAUCCGGAGCCACAGCGUAUACCCGUGGCUGCGACCACGCAACUAAGCGAUACCACUAAUGCUCACGUCACGAAGAAGCUCAUCACAGAACUUCUGUCUCCGAAGCUUGAAGAACUGGGAACCCUCUGUGAGACUUGGGAUAAGCAGGCGGAUGGCUUUACCCAGAUCACGCCCGAAAAACUUAAGAGUGUCAUUUCAACCUUAAUCAUCAGUGCCCUUAUUCUUCCCAUUUUAAUCGAGGUCAACUCGAGACAGCUACAAGAGGUCGAGCAUUCCUUGUUUGCAGUACUCCGGAUUGCCCUCGCUGCUGUAUCCCGCUCGCCCGAGAGUCAAACACUCUACAAUUACCUUUUCAUGUCAGUUCGGCCUUACAUGCCAGCAUUGUCGAAUGCCGAGUUGAGCAAGUUGACGAAAGAAUGGCUUUAUCUUCACCAAUUAUUCCACGAAUUGUCCGACGCCUUCCGAAAACGAGACAGGAAUCAACCAUCUAACGAUGAUGUCGACUUGAUGGAUCUUGACGACGAAUUCGAGAAGGAGCGGUGGUCGAAGGCGUCGACAAGCCCCCUCGAAAUAUCUCGACACGAGUCCUCUAUCGUCCUACAAGCAGCAACCUUCCACGCCGACACCAUCCAAAGGUUGUGCCUCUUUGAUAUUUUGUAUGAAGACAACGGCCAGAUCGGCCUCGUACCCGCACUGUUUCUUGACGGUUUCUUAGAGCUGCCCGAUACGGAGUUGCUCUCGUGCCGAUGUUUAACUCGAGAAUUGCUCGAGAACGACCUCAUCAUCAACCCCGACGACGCCCAUAGAUUGAUAAACAGAAUGGGCAAGUUGAUAGGCAGUGCGGAGUUUUCCCGCUGUGAGGUCGCCUUGAAUAUCUGCCUCGACGUGAUGGAAGGCCUCAUGCCGAUAUGGUCUGAUAGUGACGGCGAAAUAUCUUCGCAUGCGGGCGACCUAUACUAUCACUUUCUCAAUUCGGGACUCUCGAGCAAUAUCCUCUCUCCAAGCGUCCAGAUGUCGCUGGCCCGGCUUCUCCUCCGUCUAACUCAAGUUAACGAGAAAUACCCGAAGUCGAUCAAGAUGCCUCAUCCAAGCACAUCUCUAUUUAGCAUUCUUGAAACCGCGUCGAUACCUGUCAAAUUCUACAUUGGGGCACGUUUGCCAGCCUUGUUCGGUCGAUAUAUCUUAAAAGCGCACGACGAAGUUUUGGUUGACGUUUUAAAAGUCCUUCCCAGCAAUACUGAUUUCCCUGAGGGCAUCGCCCUGCGGCUUUUCGUGCUCGCCGAAUUAGCACGGGAAUGGCCUACCCUUUUACGGCGUGCUAUCUACCAUAUAUUCGAGAUCCCCGGGAAUAUUGCGAGUUCGAAAAAUCACGCUGCGCGUUGUCUUGAUAACAUAUCCGCUUCCCUACACCUAGACAACGCGCAGCAGCUCUUCGACCUGUUUGCCCCCCAGUUGCUUUACACCUGGCUCGAAGGAAACAGUAUUGAAGACAUCCCAUUCGAGAUCUUUGGCUUCUCCACUCUCAAGGGGCUGCUUCAACGAGCGCAGUCUGAAGUAGUAGCUCUGAUGGUGAUGCGUGGACAAGAUACAGCCGUGGAAAAUCUCGCAGUGACGCUCGGGUGUAGCCUCGCAGAGCUUAUCCGGCGCAAUUUCUCCAAGACCAUAGCAUACAGCAUGGCUCAUGACAUUAGCAUGCCUAAGGCGUCACAGUCGAGCGGUGAGAGUAGACUACGCAAGAUCCUUACCCGAGAAGCUUUCCUUGAAGCCAUAUAUAUACACUUCGCCGAUAUCCUUGGCAUAUUCUUCAGCCUCAUCGACCAAGAGAACCCGAUCGAGAAAUCAUGGGCCAAGGAUCAAGAUUUUACAUACGCCGCCGAGGCGAUGGCGGCGAUAAAGAAAUGCGGGCAUUCUGAAAUCGUCCUGUCACCGAAUCAACAACCCAUGUUCCGCGCCAGGUAUCUAACCAGGGAGAUAUCAUUAUUGUGCAGCCGAACAGAGUACGAUAUUUCCGCGCUAUGGACGCCUACAUUGGUAGUUAGCGUCGCCAGGAGGCUUCUCAACGGAAUUCAUGUAGCGUUAGGACCUCUACACACGUGUUCCGUCCUCCGGAAGGUCCGGGUGCUCAUCUGCCUAGCCGGCCGGGAUGCUUUGCAAUCAUACCCGUUGGAGAUGCUGCUGCAAUCUAUACGCCCUCUCAUCGUCGAUACCGAAUGCGCAGACGACGCGCUCGGGGUCAGCCAGUAUCUGUUGGAGAGGGGCUCGGAAUCCCUGUCGCAAUCGCCCUCAUUCCUCUCGGGAUACGCCCUGUCUACUCUUGCCUCCCUCCGCAUAUUCUUGGAAACUAGCCAAUCCAGUACGACGCAGGAAAGCCAGUUCAAGGCUACAAUGAGCAAAGCCCAAAGAUUCCAUUCCUGGUUCACCAAAUACCUUGACGGUUAUAGGUCGUCUCUGCUCCAAGACGGCCAACAACGAAGUGCUUUCGAAGCGAUUACGCUGUCUGCCGCCCACAUUCGAUCGUCGGGAAAUGCGGAGCGAGGCACACAUGAGAGUAGGCUGUUGCUAGAAAUCCUUCAAGAUGGGUUGCAUGGACCCCCGUUGUUGAAUGAGCCCUCACGCAAACUGGCGCUGGAGAUGCUGUGUGGCCACUUCACAGUCCCGACUUCGCCCAGCACAGACGUGAUCUGUUCUGAUGAAGAGGCGCAGGCUUGGGUGUCUGUUGUCUGGAAGAGCUGUCAGACACAGACGCUGAGCAAUGAAUACCUUGCCUGGGCGGGUCGAGUCGUUGGCAGAGGGUUUGCCGCGUCUGGCCACGUUGACCAGGACUUGCUACAAGAAUCCGAACUGUCACAAUACUGUGAUAUGCCUAUAGACGCUUCCGGGUCAGAGUACGGCCUCCUAAGCCUUCUUCAGUCUCUGACGUCCGACAGUGAUUGCUUCAAGGCUGGGCUCGCAGAAUCAGCUUUACGAACAGUUGUCUCGGAUGCCGUAGCUCAAGGCGAUAACGACUUACUAGCGGCUUGUCAGAAAGUCUUGUCCGAUCAACUUUUUUCAACGUCGAAUUGGACGCCGUACAGAACCCCGCCGUCGGAUAACAUCCCCGUUGACUCCGUUUCCGAAGACCAAGCCCUCUCCAGCGGAGCAUUCGAGAGCGCCAAGUGGGCUCAGAAUGUCACUGUGUAUCUAGCACAAUCCUAUCCCGAGAACAUCAUUCUGAAUUCUCUGUCCCUGAUACUUACUAGUGUGAAAGGCUUCGCCCGGCAGGCAUUCCCAUAUAUCGUCCAUCUGGUCCUCUUGUUUGAGCGGGAGAAACAACAAUCCACUAGACGGGGUCUUUCAACCGCUCUCAAAACGUGGCUUGGGCUAGACACGCCUGCAGCGAAAGAAAACAUGAGUCUUCUAAUCAAUGCCAUCCUAUACUUAAGGACGCAAAAGUUACCGGGGGAGAAUUCUAUAGCCGACCGAGCACAGUGGCUUGAGCUCGACCUCUUGUCCGCUGCGUCAGCUGCUGCAACAUGUGCAAUGUUCAAAACAGCGCUGCUUUUCGUUGAAAUGGUGUCCGCCGACGGAUCACGAAGUUCUCGACGUUCUUCUGUUGUCCGGACCCAGGAGUCCACGGACGUCCUGUUGGACAUCUUUGAGAACAUUGAUGAUCCAGACGCGUAUUACGGUCUUGCCCAUACGUCGGAUCUUAGCAAUGUUCUAGCUCGACUUGAAUACGAAAAGAAUGGCAGUAUGAGCCUAGCCUUCCGCGGCGCGCAAUACGAUAGCCACAUCCGGAGAGGAGACCCAGCCGCCGAUUCUGAUAGCCGAUCACUGGUGGGGACACUCAGCAACCUGGGAUUGUCUGGUCUAUCACACUCUUUACUUCAAACCCAGCAGGGUGUCGACGGGUCUUCUGCAACUGUGGAAAGCACUUUCAGCACAGCGAGGCGUCUCGAGAUGUGGAAUCUCCCAGCUCCCGCAUCAACUCGAAAUCCCUCUGUCACUCUCUACAAGGCGUACCAAGCUUGGCACCAGGCCACCGAAUUGGAUACGGCGAGGAAGGCUAUUCACGCCGGGUUUAGCCAAACUAUGAGGAGCGUAGCCGCUAAGGAGCUUGGCCCUGCUCAUCUUCGCCGUCAUCUGAGUGCCCUCGCUGUUCUGACAGAGCUAAACGAUGCUAUUGAGAUUGCCGACUCUGCAGAGUUCGACAAGAUGUUAACAGUAUUCACAGACAGGUCCCGAUGGAUGAAGAGCGGGCGGUACGAAGACGUCAGCCAGAUAUUGUCUUGCAGAGAAACGACAUUGGGCGUGCUCGCACAGACUUCUCAGCGCCGGGGAAUGUCAAAGAUAAAUCCGCCAGAAGCAACACUGGCGCAAAUUAGGUCGAUGCUCGUAUCGUCCAGCGUGUAUAGGUACCAUAGAGCUACCCAGGAGUCUUUGAACAUUGCGACGUCGUUGAAAGACCUCGUAUUGCCAAGCGCGGAGCUCGGGUUGCACCUCGAUUCCGUAGCGAAAAUCGAGGCCGCCGAUUCCCUAUGGGAUCAUGGCGAGAUGAUAUCUUCUAUUCGUGUUCUCCAAAGCAUCAACGAAGACCCAAACCUCAAGAAGCAGACGAUUCCCGUCAGCAGACCCGAUCUACUCGCUAAAACGGGUUAUCAAAUCUCUGUGGCCAAACUCGAAAAGCCCGAAAGUAUUCAGAAAAACUACUUGCAACCUGCAUUAAAGGAGCUCAGAGGCAAGACGGACGGGCAGGAGGCCGGGAAAGUUUACCACCAGUUCGCCAUGUUUUGCGAUGAGCAGCUACAGAACCCAGACGGCCUCGAAGACUUUGCCCGCCUCCAGCACCUCAGGAAGGGGAAGAGCGAUGAGGUUUCCCAGCUGAGAGAACUAAUAUCUAGCACAAAGGACUCGCAGACCAAGAGCAAAUAUCAAAACUACCUCGCCAAAGCGAGGCAAUGGCUCGAGCUAGACGAGCAGGAGCUACGCCGAGUCGAACAAAGCCGAACCGAGUUUAUCAGGCUGAGUUUGGAGAAUUACCUCCUGUCGCUCGUGGCCAGUGACGAACACAACAACGAUGCCUUGCGAUUCACGGCCCUGUGGCUCGAGAGGUCCUCCGAAGACUUCACGAACGAGGCCGUCCGGAAAUACAUCGAUAAAGUGGCCACUCGGAAAUUUGCACCGUUGAUGAAUCAACUCACGUCACGCUUGCUCGAUCAGAACCACCUUUUUCAAAAGCUUCUCAUCGAACUUGUUUACCGCAUCUGCGUCGACCACCCCUAUCACGGGAUGUAUCAGAUUUGGUCGGGGACGAGGUCCCGGACGAACUCGAAAGAUGACGUGGCCGUCCUCCGGCAGAAAGCUACGGAGAAAGUCGGCAAGAGGCUGGCCCAGACCAACUCGGUCACGACGAUAUGGACCGCCAUUGAAAAGACGAGCAAGGCUUACCACAUGCUGGCCAUCGAACGGGAUUCUUCGCGCUAUAAGGCGGGGCAGAAGGUCGCCGUUAAGGAUUCCAGCGCCGGUUCAGGCCUCGCAAGCGCUCUCGCUAAAUGGCGCAUACCACCCCCCACGAUGCAAAUGGAGCUCUCGCCUAGCCUAGAUUACAGCCACAUACCGCACAUUUCCAAGCUCGAGCCCAACAUGUCUAUCGCCUCGGGCGUCAGCGCGCCCAAGAUCAUCACAGUGGUGGGUUCCAACGGGGAGCGGUUCAAGCAGCUCGUGAAAGGAGGAAACGAUGAUCUUCGCCAAGACGCGAUCAUGGAACAGGUUUUUGCUGCCGUAUCGUCCGUCUUGAAGCUUCAUCGAUCUACCCAGCAGCGCAACCUCGGGAUCCGGACGUACAAGGUCCUGCCCUUGACCUCCGCCUCUGGGCUGAUCGAAUUCGUCUCCAACACCAUCCCGCUCCACGAGUAUCUCAUGCCGGCUCACGAGCGAUACCACCCAAAGGACCUCACAGGAUCGCAAUGCAGGAAGGAGAUUUCCCAAGUGCAGGGGAAGUCUUCGGAGGCGCGCGUGACGACCUAUAAGAAAGUCACGGAUCGAUUCCAGCCCGUGAUGCGCUACUUCUUCAUGGAACACUUUGUCGAUCCGGACGAAUGGUUUGCCAAGCGUACGGCCUACACGCGAACCACGGCGGCGGUCUCGAUACUCGGCCACGUCCUCGGGCUCGGCGACCGUCACGGCCACAACAUCCUCCUCGACUCCAAAAGCGGCGAGGCGGUGCACAUCGACCUAGGCGUGGCCUUCGAGAUGGGUCGCGUGCUCCCGGUGCCGGAGCUUGUGCCGUUCCGGCUUACGCGGGACGUCGUCGACGGCAUGGGGAUCACCAAGACGGAAGGCGUGUUCAGGAGGUGCUGCGAGUUUACGCUGGACGCGCUGCGCGAGGAGACGUACUCGAUCAUGACCAUCCUGGACGUGCUGCGCUACGACCCGCUGUACUCGUGGUCCAUCAGCCCCGUGCGCAUGGCCAAGCUGCAGGACACGCGCCGGGAGGGGGAGCCGGAGGACGGGACGGACGCCGAGGUCAACCCGGCGAAGAAGAAGAAGGCGGCGACGGCGGCGUCAACCGGGCCCGUCGGCGUCGCGAACGAGCCCAGCGAGGCCGACCGCGCGCUCGAGGUCGUGCGCAAGAAGCUCAGCAAGACGCUCAGCGUGACCGCGACGGUCAACGACCUCAUCAACCAGGCGACCGACGAGAGGAACCUGGCGCUUUUGUAUUGUGGCUGGGCCGCUUAUGCCUGAGAGCGUGGAGAACCGCAACUUGAUACCCGUAUAGAUAUCGUCGUUGCGCUGAUGUGGUGUAGCGUGUACCACCGUCGUAAAAGUAUUACUAUAUAGAGGAAGGCGACGUAAGUGAAUAUUGGUGGCACUGAGGUUAAUUUGUAAAAGUAAAGCAAGGGAUAUGAAGUCGAUAUUCAAGUAUA